UACAGACCGAUUUCAAAGAGAAAAGAGAAAGAAGACACAUACUUCAAUACUUCAUACAAACUCGGGUUGCCCGCUGCUGAAUCGCUGCUGUUCAUGCGCAAAAGCAUAGUUCUGUAUGUCUGAAAACCAGUUACCCCCCCCACCCCAACCAACCCAAACCCCUCCACCCGCAACGACACCUCCACCGCCGCAACAGUUUCCUGCCCUCUCCUCCGCCGCCGACAACCAACUUCACCAGGAAUCCCUCUCCUCUCCAACACCACCAUUGCAGCAGCCACCACACUCACAACCACAGUCCCCUCCAACAAACGGGUUCGAAAGCCGACAGCCACUCUCCCCAGUCUCCCCCCACCCAGUACACGUCGCUGAACCCGCGGUUCUAAAGAACCAGAUGGAACUCGCUUUUAACUUCACUGAUGCUCAUCCCCCCCAACCGUUCGCGACUCCCAACGACAAUUCUGCCGUGAGCCCGGUGUCAAACUCCCUAGAGUCGUUGAUGCUUCAGCACCAGCAACAGCAACAGCAACAGCUGCACGCGCAGCAGCAGCACCAGCAACAUAACCAACACGAUCCAUCACCGCCCUCGACGUCACAGCGCCAGCAACAGCAGCAGCAACAGCCACCGCAGCAGGGAGAGUCAUCUUCGCACGCGACUUCAGUCGCUCCUGUUCCUGCCAUGGAUAAUCCUUCCUCCACUUCCCUCCCCUUCACGCAGAACGGUGAUUUGCAUGCUGGUAAUGGGCUAGUCGCAUCGUCUCCGGCCCCUACCAAUGGAACCGCUCCUCCAAACCUUGCAAACAUUGCUACCACAGGAUUUCCAUUGCCCACCGCGAUCCCAAAUGAUUUCUCUAGCAGUGUGGACCUCCAAGCUCUGUUGACCAAGCUGUCCCCUGCUACUCCCACCGUACCGCACCAGCUGUAUUCGGCACCGCCCUCCGAGUCUCCACAACCAAACGGACCCCCCGUCAUUGCGCCCCCAAGCAGUGCUCCUCCCACCAUAAAGGCAGCUCUGCCGCAUUCCCCCGUCCAAAAGUCGCACACUCCAUCGAACCCACUCGCGCUUCCGACAAACCAUCCUCUGCCACCCGUGCCAGUCGUGUCUUCGUCGUUGCCGGGCCAGCCUCCUGCCGGAUAUCCAUCGUCGCUGCCGCCACCCCCAAACUUCAACCACAAUAAGCAGCCGCAGUCGCAGUCGCAAUCGCAGCAACCCCAACAGGGCCACCAGCCGCAGCAGCCGCUGAGCUCGGACGCCGCUGCCGAGGAGGAAGAGGACGAGGAGGACAGGCUGCCAUUCACGGUCGACGAAGAAGAAGAGUUUUCGAGGUUCCUCGCGGAUGAGCGUGAUUACGUGACUCAAGGUCAAUGGGACCGCUUCCCUGCUGGCUCCCGCUUGUUCAUUGGAAACCUGCCCACCGAAAAAGUUACCAAACGUGACCUGUUCCGCACUUUCCACAAGCAUGGCCGCCUCGCACAGAUAUCCAUCAAGCAGGCCUAUGGGUUUGUUCAGUUCCUCGAUCAGUCGUCGUGUGCUUCGGCACUACGCCACGAGCAGGGGUCCUCAGUGAGGGGCCGUAAAAUGCACCUCGAGAUCUCGAAACCACAGAGAAAUACCCGGCCCGUGCCCAUAGAUUCUGCCCGGCCACGUCGGUCACGCUCUCCCGAUUACCCUCGCGGCGGUGCCUCCCCGCGCCGAGCCCCUCCGCCUGUAGCCGCCGGACGCCGAGAGGUUGACCGCUACCGAGCGCCGCCACCCACCGACAGGGACCUGCGUGAUCGUCGCGACAGAGAUGAGUACGGCACCCGCCGGAGAUCACCACCGCCGCCCAUGCGGGGUGCGCGCGACGACUACCGACCCGGAAGGAGAUCAAGAUCGAGAUCGCCCCCGGCUAGGUACCGACCGAGAAGCAGGACCCGAAGCAGGAGUCCCGAUUUCGACGAUGUUCCUCUUCCGAGAAGAGCACCCGAUCAAGUGCCGGAGGUGCAGAUUCUCGUCAGCGAUGAACUGGAUAGAAAUUUCAUCUGGUGGGUAGAACAGGCAUUCCGACAACGCGGCUUAACGUGCGACAUGUUAUUCCUGAAUCCCCGGCUUCAACUGUCCGCUGUCGUCAAGCGCCAGGUUCUCGAGGGAGUCCAGGCUGUGGUUUUCCUGAACAGGAGUAUGCAGCUCGCCAGCAAGAUUUCGAUACAGGUCUUUGACCGGCGCGGCGAAGGAGAGGCGUCGUUUGACCAAUACGAUAACCUUGAUCCCCCCAUUGCGGCAGAACUUGUUGUCCGCUCGAAACAAUCGCACCAGCAGCAUAACGCAGCUCCGCUUGCUCAGUACGGAAGAGGCUACGGCGUUCCCCAGGUACAGCAGCAACAACCACCACCACAGCAGCAGCAGCAGCAACAGCCUCUUCAGCAGCAGCUCGGAGCGCUCGCUGGCGUUCCAGGUCUUGCCAACCUAUUGACCUCACUGGACCCAAGCAGCCUCCAGAAGCUCUUGGCCGGACUACAGCAACCACAGCAGCCAGCCCCACAAGCCACCUACCAACAACACCAGCAACAGCAGCAAGCUCCCCAGAUUAGCGCCGACCUGGCAAGUCUCAUCGCUGGUGCCGUCAGACCUCAACAGCAACAGCCGCAACAGCAACAGCAACCACCGCAGCAGCAGCAGCAGCAGUACGGCGGCCAGUCGGCUCUCAGCGCCUACGGCGGCAGCGCAGGACUAGCAGCUCUGCUCGGCCAAGCGCAGCAGAAAGUCGCAGCUCAGCAGCAACAGCAACAGCAGCAGCAACAGCAACAGCAACACCAGCAGCAACAGCAACCACAAACUAGUGCUGGCCAGAUCGGUAACAUCAUGGAGACACUAGCGAAGUGGAAACAGGCGUAAUUCUUGAUUUUUUCUCGUUUUCUUGAGGGGAAAAAGUUUCCUUGCUUUCUUUUUUUUCUUCGAUAGGCGUUGCUUUUCAGUUUUUUUCAGUUUCCUUUUGCUGGCUGUGGUUGCGGUUUUGGUUUCCCUUUGAUGGAUGUGUUUUUCGUGGAGGGGGAGGGGGAGGAUGGAUACAUACUCGGGAUAUGUACGUUUCCCGAAUAUAUGAAACGACAGGCUGUUACCGUACCUACUUUUGUUGCUAUUUUAUAUAUGCGUUACAGAAACUAAAUUAAACUAAACUUCUACUUGAAAAUAUUUGGUUCCAAAUUGCGGUUGGUUACCAUUUUUCGGGUUCGUCGAUAUUGGUAUUGGG